GUCUCCAGGAAGGUCAGCGAGGGCUCAGCCGUCGCGAUGAUGCAAGGCAAACUGGCAUCGACCCGCUGUCUAUCUGUCUGCCGUCGCUAGGUAGGUACCAUGCAGGGAUGUACGAGGUGUGGUGGCCCUGCUCAUGUUAUCCACCCCUUGUGCCUCCUCGAGGCUGCCACGGCGCCGAACGAAAUUUAUAUAUGCCGUAUUCAUCCCACUAGCGGCGUCUAUCAUCGUCGACUAGAUUCUAUUCACAGACGCCCGUCUUGAUUCCUUGCAUUGCACCUGAUUUGUAGGCGAAGCUACGCGCUUGGUUUUGCCGUUGGCUGCCCGACCCAGCGGUUCCUCGAAGCACAUAUUCACAUCGAACCCACGCCCGCUAGCGGAAGCUGGCACCCUCUUCACACCAUGGACGACCCAAUUACCUACCGCUAUUUUUCUGCUGCCCUGAUAGGCAUGUGGUGCCUCCCUUUCGUCGUGUUCUUCGCCCUCAGUCUCUUCCUGGCCCGGCGCAAAGGCGACCCAGCGAGGGUAGCCGUGGUUUGGAUAAAAGUCCUCCUCCCUUUCGCGACAUUAUAUACCAUAUUGGUCACCAUUUCCAUCGCAUCUUCCAUCGCACUCCUGAAACUGCCUUACUCUCGGUACCGAGCUCCCGCUGUGAACCGGGCGGAGUAUGCAUACAUCUCGCACCUCAACCGCAGCACCGCGUAUGCCAGCUACGUGUCCGAGGGAGUUACAACCGCUUUGAUUCUUUUCACCUUCGUGGAGCUGGGCAACGGCUUCAUGUAUGCCCUCUCGGGCGAGCGCACAACGCGCCAGAGAGUCUUCCGCUAUCUAUCCCUGAUCCCGGCGCUCCUUGUCAUCCUCAUACCGCUCGCCGACACCAUCUACGAGCACGUCGCUCUCUCUCGGUAUAACGAAGAUCAAAUAAACGCUCUCAAUAAGCUCAGCCUGGCAAACGUAAUUCUCAGGUGGAUCUUUACCCUCCCAACGGUUGCCUACGCCGCCGUUGCGGUGCAUUACUGCAAGGCACAGCCUUCCGUCCGCGGAAUCGCGAUCCAGUUCCUCAUCGCCACGAUCCUCAUGUUUGCUCGUGCGACCAGCACACUCAUCCAACUGGCGGUGAACCUGCUCGACAGGUUCAGCGAAUCCCCCGAAGCGGCAUACUAUAUCUCCCCUAUCUUCAGUUAUCUGACACUAGGCGUUGCCGUCACCCUUUUGUUUGUGAUUGCCAUCCGCAAGAAGAAGGGACUCUGGAGCACCCAGAAGCGGCUCCAUGAUAACAUCGAAGCCGGCGGCCAGGCUGUCCAGCAGCAGGGAUACGGAGAGCCUGCUGGCUGGCAGCCGCAGCAGCUUCAGCCGGUUCAUCAGGUGAAACCCCCAGCCUACUAGACUGUCUGCACCCGAGACUCCAUGAAUGGGCUUGACCUCAUUUGUGGUUGACGUUGUUUGUGGGACCCGCUCGGGAUAAUUCCGGGGGUGAAGAGCACAUAUCGCUUUGUUGUCUUGUUUGACGUCCACCACCUGCGGCUUCCCCCGGUUCGCGGUGGCGGGCAGCCAUGCAGCUAAUACUUUUCUGGCGGGAUGUUACCCUGCUGUUUCCGCUUUCACCUCCGCCUUUACUCCCUACCUACCUAUAUUAAUCACUCUUGUCCUUCCGCAAGAAGCUUAUCCAUUUUGGAGCGGCGUUCGUUGGAGCAUGGGGGUUAUCUGAUGCACACGAGCACAUGACCUUUCUUUGUUGUAUACAGCACCAAGUCUAUAGAUCUAUAUAUACCCACUGUGCCUGCCUAUUGCCAUCAAGUUCAAUCAGUGUCCUUGGGGCUAGGGACGCCCUCGGGCAGCGCAAAUAGAGGCCGGG